AUGGGGGGGGGGGGCAGCCAGCGCCUCAAGGAGCCCAGCGCGGCGGGCACGCGGGGGGGCAGCGUGGUGAUGAGCUUCAGCUUCGACGGCUGCCGGCUCGGGGGGGGGGCGGCGGGGACGGCUCAGGGCCAGGGCAGCGCGGCCGGGGGGGGGGGGGGUUUCACGGACUCUGCGGGGGGGGAGCCGGUGCCCGAUGACCGCUACCACGCCAUCUACUUUGCGGGGGGGGUGGCCGGCGUGGGCUUCCUGCUCCCAUACAACAGCUUCAUCGGGGGGGUGGACUAUCUGCACCACAAGUACCCAGCGCCUGCUGCCGGCCCCCCCGCGGGGGGGUCCAUCGUGUUCGACAUGAGCCUCACCUACAUCCUGGUGGCGGGGGGGGCCGUGCUCCUGAACAACGCGCUGGUGGAGAGACUGAGCCUGGGGGGGAGGAUCACCGCGGGCUACCUCUUGGCCUUGGGGGGGGGCCUCUUUAUCAGCAUCUGUGACGUCUGGCUACAGCUCUUCUGGGGGGGCCAGGCUUACGCCAUCAACCUGGCCGCUGUAGGCACUGUGGGGGGGGGCUGCACAGUGCAGCAAUCCAGCUUCUAUGGGUACACGGGGAUGCUGCCCAAGAGAUAGGGGGGGGGCGUGAUGACCGGGGAGAGCACGGCGGGCGUGAUGGUGUCCCUGAGCCGCAUCCUCACCAAGCUGCUGCUGCCGGACGAGCGGGCCAGCACGCUCAUCUUCUUCCUGGUGUCCGCGGGCCUGGAGCUGCUCUGCUUCCUGCUGCACCUGCUGGUGCGGCGCAGCCGCUUCGUGCUCUCCCACACCGCGCGGCCCCGCGACAGCCGUCCGGGCUGCAGAGCCGGCUACCGCGUGCACCACGACGUCGCCGCGGGGGACAUCCACUUUGAGCACCAAGGCCCAGGCCUGGCCAACGGCGGGUCCCCAAAGGACAGCCCAGCCCACGAGGUGACCGGCGGCGGUGGGGGCGCCUACACGCGCUUUGACGUGCCUCAGCCUAGAGUGACGCGGAGCUGGCCCUCCUUCAGAGCCCUGCUGCUGCACCGCUACGCUGUGGCCCGCGCCAUCUGGGCCGACAUGCUCUCCAUCGCCGUGACCUACUUCAUCACGCUGUGCCUGUUCCCGGGUCUCGAGUCCGAGGUCCGCCACUGCGUCCUGGGCGAGUGGCUGCCCAUCCUCAUCAUGGCCGUGUUCAACCUCUCCGACUUCGUGGGCAAGAUCCUGGCGGCUCUGCCCGUGGACUGGCGGGGCACCCACCUGCUGGCCUGCUCCUGCCUGCGCGUGGUCUUCAUCCCCCUAUUCAUCCUGUGCGUCUACCCCAGCGGCACGCCCGCCCUGCGCCACCCGGCCUGGCCCUGCGUCUUCUCUCUGCUCAUGGGCAUCAGCAACGGCUACUUUGGCAGCGUGCCCAUGAUCCUGGCGGCGGGCAAAGUGAGCCCCAAGCAACGCGAGCUGGCAGGCAACACCAUGACCGUGUCCUACAUGACGGGGCUGACGCUGGGCUCCGCCGUGGCCUACUGCACCUACAGCCUCACCCGGGACGCUCCCAGCAGCUGUUUCCACACCUCCACCAACUCCUCCUUCCCCACCGGCCUCUGA